AGGAUCCUGGAGAAAGCCACUUAUCAGCUAGAACUGGUCUAUGGUCUGGAGUUGAAGGUUGACAACCCUGCUACUCACUCCUAUGUCCUUGUUAAUAAGUUACCCACCCUCCCUGGGGCAAAUGUGGGUGGCAGGAGAGAAUUGCCUAAGACAGGUCUCAUCCUGACCCUCCUGGGUAUGAUUUUCGUGAAGGGCAACCGUGCCACUGAGGAAGAGGUCUGGCAGUUUCUCCACAUGCAGGGGAUAUAUCCUGGGAGGAGGCACCUAAUCUUUGGGGAGCCCCGGAAUUUCAUCACCAAAGAGCUAGUUGAGCAAAAUUAUGUGGAGUACCGCCAGGUUCCUGGCAGUGAUCCCCCAACCUAUGAAUUCCUAUGGGGUCCCAGAGCCCAUGAGGAAUCUACUUCCAGGAAAGUCCUGGAAAUUUUAAGUAAAAUCAAAAGUGCCAUUCCUACUUACUAUCCUCAACAGUAUGAGGAGGCUCGAAGUAACCAGGCUGAGAGAGCAGCAAGGGGAGAUGAGGCUGCUAGAUUCCAUGCUGCAAGGAUUCCCUCCCACGCCCAACCUAGCAGCUCUUCCCACAUUUAGCUAGCCCUUGGUGAUAGCUGUCACUGUGCUCAAGAACAGCCAGACAGUCUUCUGAGUAGUGGGGCAUUUAUGAGUAGGUGGGAAUACACUAAGACAAUACCCUUUGUUAUGCAUGGGAAAAGUAUACAUACCUUUCUUUGUUACAUUGUUAAUAUUCCUGUAACUGAAGAUUAGUUUGUUUCCUAUAUGCUUCUUAAUCUAAUAUCUGCCACGUUUAUUUCUCUUUGUCAAGGGUAAGAUAUUUGGGGUUUUAAGGUUAUUGGAUAAGCUUCAUAAAUUUCUUCUCAGUAAAUGUAAAACAAGACAUGGGAAAAGAUUUCAAAGAAUGUGAUGUGCUAAAAUUGGUAAAACAAAGUAAAGUGGUCAGUUCAUCCAUGUCAUUCUUGGUUUUGUCUUUAAUUCACAAUUAUAAUAGAAAUAAACUUGGUUUCAUUACCUUA